AUGGAAUCUAUGUUGAGAAGUAAAAUUAAUCGGGAAUUGAGCAAAAAAAAAUUCAAAAAGCAAGCUCUCUCCUGGACUUUUUAUAUAAAUCAUCCCAUGAAAGAGGAAUAUUUGAAGCAAGAUAUUCGAAAUGAAAUCAAUACGAUAGCUAUAGCUAUAAGUCGCAUUUAUUAUUUAGUUGCAAUAAAAGGAAGUGAAAUUUCAACUACGGUCAUUAAUUUUGUACUUUUAAUGCUUGCUAAAUUCAAAUGGCUGAUAUUCAAGUAUGACAAAGUAUAUGAGAAAUUAAAUCAAAUUUAUGGCUUUAGCGAUCCAAGACAUGUUCCAUUAACAUAUGAUAUUAAAAAUAUCAACCUUUUGAAACGCAUGAUCAAGGAAACGUUACGUCUUUUUCCCGCAGAUUCCGCCAUCGCUCGAAAAAUAACACAAAACAGAAAGUUGGACUAUAUCGAAAGGUUCCUACCGGGGAAGAAUAGUUCCACAUAUUUCUUUCCAUUUAGUUAUGGUCGAAGAAAUUGCGUAGGUCAAAAUUUCACUAUGCUUGAGAUGAUAAUGAUCAUUGCUACGCUGAUAAGAAGAUUUCUAAUUAAAAUAGAUAAUUCUAUAGGAAUUGUAGAAAUAGGUUUAAAGAUGAGCAUCACAUUAAAACUGGAUUGGACCAAUAAGAUUAAAAUUUGA